UAAGCGCAUUGUGUGCGUGAGCAGGAUGGACGCGGGUGUCUUGGAAACGGCCUUCCUGCAGGCGCAGGAGACUGUCGGCCGGCAGGGCGAUAUUGUGCGCUCCCUGAAGGCGCAGCUCAAGGAUGGCAAGGUCGAGAGGAGCGCGGUGGAUGAGGCAAUUGAGAUGCUGAAGCAAGUGAAGAUCGACCUGGAGCGCAAGCAGAAGGCGUUGGAGGAUGCCACUGGCAAGACGGCGUCCGCCAACAAGGAGGCCUUCCGCUCCGCCAUGCUCAACGCCCUGGAGCGCCGCCUCUUCUUCAUCCCCUCCUUCAAGAUCUACGGCUCGGUGGCGGGCUUCUACGACUACGGCCCGCCCGGCUGCGCCAUGAAGCAGAACGUGACGCAGACGUGGCGCAACCACUUCAUCCUGGAGGAGAAUAUGCUGGAGUUGGAGUGCCCCGCCGUGACCCCCGAGAUUGUGCUCAAGGCCAGCGGCCAUGUGGAGCGCUUCACCGACUUCAUGGUGACGGAUGUGAAGACGGGCGACUGCCACCGCGCUGACCACCUGCUGGAGGGUGCGCUGGAGGCGCUGCUGGAGGACCGCAAGAACCCGGCCAGCCCAGAGGCAGCCAAGGCCGCGCGCGACCUGCUGGCGCGGGUGGGCGAGCUGGGCGCCGAAGAGCUGGGCGCGGCGCUGACGCAGUAUGGCGUCAAGGCCCCCGACACCAAGAACGACAUCUCCGCCCCCUUCCCAUUCAACCUGAUGUUCAAAACCAGCAUCGGCCCGCGCGGCGACCUCGUCGGCUACCUGCGCCCCGAGACCGCCCAGGGCAUCUUUGUCAACUUCAAGGACCUGCUGUACUACAACGGAUCCAAGCUGCCCUUCGCCGCCGCCCAGAUUGGCAACAGCUACCGAAACGAGAUCUCGCCUCGUGCCGGCCUGCUGCGCGUGCGCGAGUUCACGCAGGCCGAGAUUGAGCACUUCUGCAACCCAGCAGACAAGAGCCACCCCAAGUUCCAGAGUGUGGCUGAGGUGGCGCCGCUGCUGUACAGCCGCGAGCUGCAGAUGGGCGACGAGAAGAAGCCCAAGCGCAUCCCGCUGGGCACGGCGGUGGCCAAGGGCAUCAUCGCCAACGAGACCCUGGCUUACUUCAUCGGCCGCACCUACCUGUUUGCGCAGCGGGCGAGUCAGUGGGGAGGAGUUGGCCUCAACGCUGAUCGCGUGCGCUUCCGCCAGCACCUGCAGCACGAGAUGGCGCACUACGCGGAGGACUGCUGGGACUUUGAGGUGGAGUGCUCCUACGGCUGGGUGGAGUGCGCGGGGCUGGCAGACCGGUCGGCGUACGACCUCAACGCCCACGCCGCGAUGAGCAAGGUGGAGAUGUCUGCGUACGAGCGGUUUGCGGAGCCGCAGGAGGUGGAUGUGCUGAGCAUUGUGCCCAACAAGAAGGAGCUGGGCAGGCUGUUCAAGAAGGACGCCAAGGCGAUCGCAGACGCGCUGGAGGCCAUGAGCGAGUGCGACGCGCUGGAGAUGGCGGGCAAGCUGGCGGCGGGGCAGGCGGCGGGCAUCAAGGCGGACGGGCAGGCGUUUGAGAUGCAGCCCGGGUUUGUGGAAAUCAAGAAGCAGCGGAAGAAGAUGAGCGGCAGGAACUUCACGCCCGCCGUCAUCGAGCCCUCCUUUGGCAUCGGCCGCAUCCUGUACUGCGUGUUUGAGCACUGCUUCUACACGCGGGAGGGCGACGACCAGCGCUCAGUCUUCUCCUUCACACCCGUCACCGCCCCCGUCAAGUGCACCGUCUUCCCGCUGCUGCAGCGCGCCGAGCUGAAUGAGCGGGCGGAGGCGAUGUCUGCGGCGCUCACGCGGGAGCGGCUGAGCAACACGGUGGACACCACCGGCACCACCAUCGGCAAGCGGUAUGCGCGCACUGACGAGAUUGGCGUGCCCUUUGCCAUAACCAUCGACUACCAGACGGUGGAGGACAGCACAGCCACGCUGCGCGAGAGGGACUCAACCGCGCAGGUGCGCGUGCCGCUUGCAGAGCUGCCGGCCCUAGUGCGGCGGCUGACCGACAUGGAGCUGAGCUGGCAGGAGGUGGCGGCCAAGUACCCGGCGCAGGCGCAGGCCGGCGACGAAUAAGCGGGCGGCUAUGAGAAGGGCAACGUAUUGCUUGGGAUUGCCAAUCAUUGUGGUCCGUGCUGGCUGCUUGUUGCGUUCGUCUUCUUGCUGCCUGCCCUGUGUUUGGCUUUGCCGCCGAGUGCUGACAGUCAGUUUGCUUUUUUAAUGCAACAUCAUUCACACGCC